UGAGCCUCUUGACGGUGUGUGGAUGUAGAGGUGAACAGCACUGCUCAUAGUUUGAAGAUCGACGGAUAACCGUCUUUUGUGACCUUGGAUCUUUUCAGAGGCUGAAGCUGGAUUCCAGCAGAGACACGUGGUCCAGAGUGACAAGGCCAUCUGCUGUAGCGCCAGCACUGCAGUAAGAGGGAGGCAGGGGAAAGAUGAAGGGGUGUUUUGGGGUGGGGGGUGAGUGUACAGAGAAUUCCUCCCCCUUGGGUGCAGAGGGAGUAGAUAUUCUGGGAGAUCAUUGCCAGCACCUUGGAUUGAGACUUAUUUCUUUAGUGUCUCUUUUUAUUUUUUACUUCAGCCUUCUUUCCAGGCUUUCUGAAGCGACUGAGGUUGGGUCUUUAAUAUCAAGAGAUAAUGGUUUUGUGAUUCUUAUGUGUUUUCAAAGUGAUGAGCAAUGGAAAUCUGGACUCUGAAGACGUUGAAAGCAGUGGAUCCAGUUUCUUCAACAUUUCUUUGCACUCAAAGCUGAGAGUUGUGGAUCAGCGACGCAAGUGGGUGGAUUUUUGCUAACGCGUCUUUUGAGUUGACGGUGAAAGACAAAAACACAGUACACUUGUGCUUCCCCAGAGGGCCGAAGAGCCAAGCAGAUGGUUAUUUUUAUGAGGGACUUUGUAGCAGAAAUGGGUCAGGACCAAACCAAACAGCAGAUUGAGAAGGGACUGAAGCUUUAUCAGGCAAAUGACACAGAAAAGGCUUUAUAUGUCUGGAUGAAAGUGUUAAGGAAGACCACUGAUCCUGGGGGGAAAUUUCGAGUUUUAGGUUGUCUGAUCACAGCACAUUCGGAAAUGGGAAAAUACAAGGAGAUGCUACAGUACUCCCUAGCUCAGAUAAACACAGCCAGAGAGAUGGAGGACCCGGACUACCUGACGGAGGGCUACUUGAAUCUGGCACGCAGCAAUGAGAAGCUUUGUGAAUUCCAGAAGACGGUCUCAUAUUGUGAGACCUGCUUAAACAUGCAGGGCACCACUGUUAGCCUACAGCUCAACGGGCAAGUGUGUUUGAGCAUGGGCAAUGCCUACCUGGGCCUUAGCGUUUUCCAAAAGACUCUAGUGAGCUAUGAGAAGGCCCUGCGAUAUGCUCACAACAACGAUGACAAGAUGCUGGAGUGCCGGGUCUGCUGUAGUUUGGGCAACUUCUACAUCCAUCUUAAGGAUUAUGAGAAAGCACUCUUCUUUCCUUGCAAAGCAGCUGAACUCGUGAAUGACUAUGGUAAGGGAUGGAGUCUCAAGUACCGUGCCAUGAGCCAGUAUCAUAUGUCAGUGGCCUACAGGAAGCUGAUGCGCUUAGCAGAUGCAAUGGAAUGCUGUGAGGAAUCAAUGAAGAUUGCAUUGCAGCAUGGAGACCGGCCCCUUCAGGCACUGUGUCUGCUUAACUUUGCUGAUAUUCAUCGCUGUCAGAAAGAUGUUGAUAAAGCAUUCCCUCGCUAUGAGUCCUCCAUGUGCAUAAUGUCAGAGACUGGCAACCGCCUUGGACAAGCAUCCAUCUACGUUGGUGUGGGGAAGUGCUGGAUUCUGCAGAAGGAAUAUGAUAAGGCUUUGGACUCAUUGCAAAGAGCACAUGAUCUGGCCGAGGCGAUUGGAAACAAGCUGUGUAUCCUGAAGGUGCACAGUCUGUGUGAAGGCAUCUACCGCUGUAAGGAGCAGCAGGAGGAGUUGAGAGAGCAGGUGGUGAAGUUCCUGCAGUGUGUAGAAGAGCUAGAGCUCUACUGUGGCAUGUGUGGGGAGUCUAUUGGAGAGAAGAACCAGCAGCUGCAGGCAUUGCCCUGCUCUCACAUUUUCCACCUAAAGUGUCUGCAGACAAACGGCACAAAGGGCUGUCCAAAAUGUCAUCGUUCCUCAGUUAAGCUGGGUUUUGUAUGAGAUUACACUCCUGCCUUGGACAAAACGGCAGAAUCCCAUCGCAGUGACCCAUCUGGGAGCAAAAGUUCCAGGGCCUUCUUUCAGGAAGCUUUCUAACUGGACAAACAGAGAGUUUCUGAUAUUUCCCUCCUGUCUUUAUGGUAACAGG